UAGGCGCCCCCCCCCCAGCUGUUGCUACGUUGGUUCUUCCCUUCCUUUGUUGCCAGGGAGACAUCAUCCCCUAGCCCCCAACUGUAGCUAAGGGGAUCCCCACAUUGUAACUACUGCAAGACUUUCUUCCACUCCGCCCCAGCACACACACACUUUCCCAGACGAGCUAAAGAUUCCCGCGUGUAUACGCAGACACGCGUCUUUAGCUUUGCUCGGCAUUGGCGCGGCUUGGAACCUUAGGCAUCCGCGUCGGUGAUUUGCUCUGUCAGUCAUGCCUGGAGAGAACAUACACAGUUCCUCCAAAGAAGGAGCGAACUUAACAAAAUCCCUCAUUGCACAGAGGAACCUGUUUGCUCCAGUGGAAAAAGAGUCCCUGGAGAAUCUAUCCCAAGCCCUGGCUGCUCUCCCGAUCCUCCGACUAGACAGGGAGAGAAUCAGCCGCAUCCCAGAACUACAAGGUUUAGAACAGAUCCACAGCAUCUACCUGCAACAGAACCAAAUAGAGAAAAUUGAAAACCUGAGCUGCUUUCCCAACUUGAAAUUCCUCUCCCUAGCUGGGAACCGCAUCAGCAGAGUCGAGAACCUCCAGGCCCUCCUGAAGCUGCAGUUUCUGGACCUUUCGCACAACCACAUCGAGUCUCUGGACACAGAUGAGUUGCCCCAGAGCCUUGUGAUUCUGGAUUUAACAGGAAAUAAAUGCAUCCAUCAGAAGGGCUACAGGGAAUCUGUUUUGGCAGCCCUGCCUCACCUGGUAGAACUGGAUUCUCAGCAUGUCCCUGACCAAAGAGCCUCUGCCCAAAGUCGGAAGGAAGCAGAGGAAAGUUCAGGAGACAGCGACGAGGACAUUCCCGAGCUCUCUCAGCCUUUGAGCACUGAAAAAGACUUCUUUGUUGACCUCCAUAAGGAAUUUACCAGUCGCUCAGAAAGGCGAAGAAGGGAGGCCCUCAGUGAGCACGAAGCCCAUCUAGAGGAGCUGAAGGAGAGACAGAAUCUGAGACACCUGCUGCUUAACCCCUCCUCCCAGGCUCCAAGUCCACCAGACCCCCAAACCCCAACCUUGGAGGCUCCUGCUUUCCAGACUGAGUGCCAUGGCUCGCCUAGCCGAUCUUUGAAAACAGCAAGUUCCACAUUUCAUGAGGAACUGAGUAUGCGAAAGGAGAAGGCUACGGUCAGCAGCCAGAUCCAGGGGAAAGGAGAGGUAUCCAGUACAGCUAAAUGUGUGAGAAAAGCAAAGAAAUAAACUUUGUGCCAUUCUGGCA